AUGAUUUUCACCGAAGAUGAUGCUGCCGAAUGCUUGGCCAACUUCCCCGCCAAUCUCGGCAUCAACACCACUAUGGAGCAAAUAGUAGAUGAUCUCGUCCAAGUCGCCAGGAGCCUGAAUCCAAUUUUGACACGCCUAACCACAGAUGCUGAAAAUGAAUCCAAUCCAGCUGCCGAGGGACGACGUAUUGGCCACCUGUUGUAG